UUCCGCGUUCAAAACCCUAAAAUAUUUUCAUCUCUCUAAAGAAUGACUCUCUAGUCUGCUCUGGUAAAACUGUAAGCCCUAGAGAGAAAUCCUAUGUUCACUGUCAUUCGCGCUUGGCACCAUCACUCCACCGCCGUGCUUCUUCCUUCUCACUUUCUCUCUCUACUUUUCCCACUUUCUCUCUCUUGCACCGUGCUUACGCAUUCACCAUUAUUUUAACCAUCCCUCCUCCACAGUCUUCCUUUCCCAAUUUUUUCUUCCCCUUCACACCUCUGCAACACCCACCGAAUAUCAAAGAAAGAAAAGAAGAGAGAGAAUGAGAGAUUAAUUCAUCUAUUUCUUUUUCUAGAGAGAGGUAAGCUUAUUUCUCCCCAGAGAGAGAAAAAGAUAAAGAUGAAUUCUUUUAUAGAGAGAAUACCUGCCAUUGAGAGAGCAAUGGGUAUGAAGACGAUUUCUUAGAUAGAGAAGAAGAAAGAUUAGUUUUUUUCCUUUUUUUUCCCUGAUUGAAACGACCCACCAUGGCUCCUUCGUCCAAAGUCAGGGCCAUGGCUGAACCCAAGAAGGAGACGAUGUGUCUUGAUCUCCCAACCCCAUUUGGUGAAUUGGGUUGUGGAAUCUCAGACUCUGAACUGAGAGAAACAGCAUAUGAGAUCUUCGUAGCAGCUUGUAGGCCAAGUGGGGGGAAGCCAUUAACCUAUGUUCCUCAGUCUGAGAGGUUUGCGGAUAAGCCAGAGAAGAAUUCUCUUUCUUCUUCUCCUUCUCUCUCUUCAUCGCCAUCUCUUCAGAGGUCUAUUACUUCGAGUGCAGCUAGUAAGAUGAAGAAGGCCUUAGGUUUGAAAUCUACAAAGAAACACAGUCCUUUGAAAGAUAGUAGUCCUUCGAAGGCUAGAAAGCCUGCGACUGUUGGGGAAUUGAUGAGGGUUCAGAUGGACGUCUCAGAGCAAACUGAUGGUCUGGUUAGGCGCGCACUUCUCAGGAUCGCUUCGACGAAUCUUGGGAAGCGCAUCGAGUCCAUGGUGCUGCCUUUAGAGCUAUUGCAGCAGUUCAAGUCCUCUGAUUUCUCCGAUCCAAAAGAGUAUGAAGCCUGGCAGAGGAGGAACUUGAAACUUCUUGAGGCUGGUCUUGUUUUGCAUCCUUUUUUGCCUUUGGAAGAUACGAAUUUGGCGUCACAAAGGCUUCGACAAAUCAUACAAAGUGCUUAUCAAAGGCCCAUUGAAACUGGCAAAAAUUCUGAAUCAAUGCAAGCACUUCGUAGCGCUGUGAUGACCCUUGCAUGCCGCUCUUUUGAUGGGUUUCCCUCUGAGAGUUGCCAUUGGGCUGAUGGGCCACCAUUGAACCUUUGGCUAUAUCAAACGCUACUAGAAGCAUGCUUUGAUAUCAAUGAAGAAACUGCAGUUAUAGAGGAGGUGGAUGAGAUCAUAGAGCUGAUAAAAAAGACAUGGAUAAUUAUUGGAAUGAAUCAAAUGCUCCAUAAUCUGUGUUUUUCUUGGGUGUUGUUCCAUCGCUUUGUUGUUACAGGGCAGGUGGAGAUCGAUUUGUUGUCGGCAGCCGAAACCCAAUUGGGCGAGGUUGCAAAAGAUGCAAAAAGUACUAAGGACGCAUUAUAUUGCAAGGUCUUGAACUCGACUUUGAGUUCAAUUUUGGGUUGGGCAGAGAAGAGGCUUCUUGCCUACCAUGACACCUUUGAGGCCAAAAAUAGGGAUUCCAUGGAGAGCAUUGUCUCCUUGGGGGUAUCAGCUGCCAAGAUAUUGGUUGAGGACAUAUCUCAUGAGUAUCGCCGAAAGAGGAAAGAUGAAGUUGAUGUGGCUCGGAAUAGGAUUGACACUUAUAUUCGGUCUUCUCUUCGCACUGUUUUCGCUCAGAGAAUGGAGCAAGUAGAUUCAAGGAAGCGAUCCUUAAAAAACCAGCCAAACCCACCUCCAGUUCUUUCAAUCCUAGCAAAGGAUAUUGGUGACCUCGCAAGAACUGAAAAGGAAGUAUUCAGUCCCAUAUUGAAGAGAUGGCACCCUUUUGCGGCAGGAGUGGCUGUUGCUACUCUCCAUUCAUGUUAUGGAAGAGAGCUAAAGCAGUUCAUGUUGGGUAUUUCCGAGAUGACCCCUGAUGCUUUACAAGUACUGCAAUCUGCCGAUAAGUUAGAAAAAGAACUUGUGCAGAUUGCUGUAGAGGAUUCAGUUGAUAGUGAGGAUGGUGGAAAGGCCAUAAUUCGUGAGAUGCCCCCUUAUGAGGCUGAAACUGCAAUGGCUGACCUGACCAAAAUAUGGAUAAAAACAAGAGUAGACAGACUGAAGGAGUGGACCGAUCGAAACUUGCAACAAGAGGUUUGGAAUCCAAGAGCAAAUCUGGAGAGAUAUGCUCCUUCUGUGGUGGAAGUUCUUCGAAUGAUGGAUGAGACAUUGGAUGCCUUCUUUCAGCUGCCAAUAUCAAUGCACCAGGACCUACUCCCAGACUUGCUUACUGGGCUCGAUCGAAGCCUGCAACAUUACAUAUUCAAGGCAAAAUCUGGUUGUGGAACAAGGAAUAGUUACAUGCCGACUCUCCCACCACUCACCAGGUGCAAAACUGGCUCAAAGUUCUUCAAGAAGAAGGAGAAGUCUCCUAUCUCCCUUAUGAAGAAAUCUCAGGUCGGGACAAUGAAUGGGGAUGGCUCAUUUGGGCUUCCUCAGCUCUGUGUGCGGAUGAACACCCUACACCAGAUUCGCACUGAGCUUGAAGUUUUGGAGAAAAGUAUAACAACUCGUCUAAGAAACAGUCCAUCUUCUCUCUCUUCUACCUCAAAUGGUGAGACUCCAAAAUUUGAACUCUCGGCAGCUAGUUGUCAAGAUGGAAUACAGUACCUUUGUGAGACCACUGCUUACAAAGUGAUUUUUCAUGACUUGGGUCGUGUUUAUUGGGAUAGCUUAUAUGUGGGAGAUCCAAAUUCCUUUAGAAUUGAGCCUUUUCUUAGAGAAUUGGAGCCAAGCUUAGAGGUAAUCUCUGGUACAGUGCACAAUAGGGUGCGAAAUCGUGUUAUAACUGCUCUAAUGAAGGCGUCCUUCGAUGGAUUCUUGCUGGUUCUUUUAGCUGGGGGGCCUGGUCGAGCUUUUACUCGUCAUGAUUCUCAGAUAAUAGAGGAUGAUUUUAGGGCUCUUAAGGAUCUUUAUGUGGCCGAUGGAGAUGGGUUGCCACUAGAACUAGUAGAGAAAGCAGCAACUCCUGUAACAAAUGUUUUGACCCUCUUUAGAGCUGAUACAGAGACCCUUAUUGAGAGGUUUAGGAGAGUGAGUAUGGAUAGUUUUGGAUCGUCAGCCAAGUCGAAGCUUCCUUUGCCCCCCACUUCAGGGAAUUGGAACCCCAAUGAACCAAACACAAUUCUUAGGGUUCUGUGUUAUCGGAAUGAUGAAGCAGCCUCUAAGUUUCUCAAGAAGACCUUCAGUCUGCCCAAGAAGCUGUAGAGUUUUGAGCAAGUGGAAGUUUUUUUAGGUUACGGUGCAUUUUUAGAGGGAGAGAUUGUGUGUGUUUGAGAGAGUGUGUGUAAUAUAUUAGUUGGGGCUUAGGGUGGUGGAUUCUUUUGAUUCUUUUCAUGUGCCUGAACUGUUGUGUUUAGCUUGGGCUUUCCACAGCGGUAGAAAGCUUGAGUGCCCUUCUGGAAGUAUUUUCUUUGAAAGCAGUAUAGCCAGCAUUCUUUGGAAGGAUUCUCUCUCCUAUUCACGAACUAGUAAGGUACAUUCAAUUAGAAAUGUAUUGGGUUGGAGGAUCCCUUCGAUUUAUCUCAGUAUAGUUAGAGAUGGAUAACCUUCUUGCUGUCUGUCCUUUAAUUCGAUAUUGAGUAUGAGCCGCUGGAACUUGUGAUUUUGGACGGCUUUUAGUUCUUCAUUUGUGGUUGUGUACAGUUUUCUGAAAUAACAUCAGAUUCUCUCUCUCUCUCCGAGAUGGAUUAUUUUUUUGCA